CGAUGCUACCAUGCUAACCCCGACCCGUCUCCUACGCGCAUCAUGGACUUCCACUCUCCAUCUCCCAAAAUCAAGCUUCCCAGCCCGCCCCCUCCCUUCGGUGAGCGCAGAAUACCUCCGUCGAUGUUCCGAUGAGCUUUACGCAUGGCAGCAAUCCUCUCGCUCGAGCCCCGAUGUUAAUGGAUGUGUCCCAGAGACGUUUACCCUGCACGAUGGACCCCCAUAUGCCAAUGGUCCGCUGCACAUUGGCCACGCUCUAAACAAAAUUACAAAGGAUAUCAUCUGCAGAUUCCAGGUUGGUCAGGGCAAGAAAGUGAGCUAUAUCCCUGGUUGGGAUUGCCACGGCCUGCCAAUUGAAAUCAAGGCCCUGCAGGCGCAGAAUAAGGAUGCGAACAUGGAUGCCGUGAGCGUGCGGAAAGCUGCGGGAGAGCUGGCAACUAGGACGGUAGAAGAGCAGAUGAGGGGUUUUAGGGAGUGGGCCGUUAUGGGCGAUUGGAAUAAUGCAUAUCGGACGAUGGAGAGGGGUUUUGAAAUUAGGCAGUUGGAGGUGUUUCGACGCAUGUUUGAGAAGGGGUUGAUCUACAGACAAUUCAAACCCGUAUACUGGUCGCCUUCCUCCCGUACUGCCCUUGCCGAAGCUGAACUCGAGUAUGAUGAAAACCACAAGUCGCUAGCAGCUUUCGUGCGAUUCCCUGUCACGGUAUCAGAUGUGCUCAGGAAAGGCGUUCUCUCUGGAGUAAAUGAGCCGCUGAAUAUUGUCAUCUGGACCACCACUCCCUGGACUCUCCCUGCGAACAAAGCCAUUGCUGUCCACAAAGAUAUAGUGUAUAGUGUAGUCCAAGAUUCGGAGAACGACGGUGAAUUGACUAUCGUCGCUGCUUCUCGACUAGCGUCUUACCAAGAUAUACUCAAGCGGGAGCUUAUCGUCGUGCAAACUGGGCUGUCUGGAUCAGUCUUGGCCGGGAACUUGCAAUACGAGAAUCCUUUCCAGAAGGCAAACGGACUGCAGCCAGUCAUCCAUGCCGACUUCGUCACAGACUUGUCAGGGACGGGGCUUGUUCAUAUUGCACCUGGCCAUGGUAUGGACGACUACCAUGCUUGCAGCGCACUCGGUAUUCCCGCCUUUGCUCCUGUAGACGACACUGGAGCAUUUACCAAGGAGGCCUUCCCCAGCCACCCCGAAGUCCUCGAGGGUAAGCUUGUGCAGGCUCCGACUCUCAAGGGCCAACCGGGCUUCGAGGAUUCGGCUACUAUGGCGAUUGUAGAGUAUUUGACAGAGCACAAUCUCCUCCGCGCUUUGCAAGACCUCCAGCACAAGUACCCCAUUGACUGGAGGACCAAGCAGCCUGUGAUUGUGAGAGCGACUGAGCAGUGGUUUGCCAACGUAGAUGGGAUUAAGGAAAGGGCUAUGAGAGCCAUUGAUCAAGUCGAGUUCAUCCCACAUAGUGGCCGGUCUAGACUGGAGAGCUUCGUUCAGAGCCGCAGUCAAUGGUGCAUCUCGCGGCAGCGCGCGUGGGGUGUUCCGAUUCCCGCUCUAUACAGGGUUGAUGAAGGCAAGCAUGAAGCAACUAUGGACUCAGAAAUUAUCCGACAUAUCCUCGAGGUUGUCAGGGAAAGGGGCAUUGAUGCAUGGUGGACCGAUCCCGACAAUGAUCCGGCCUGGACGCCCAAACACCUUCCCGGGACCUACGUCCGAGGCCGAGACACUAUGGAUGUUUGGUUCGAUAGCGGAACCAGCUGGACAUUACUCCCGCCGAGGGACGAUCAGCCGGUUGCCGACAUCUAUCUAGAAGGUACUGAUCAACACCGUGGAUGGUUUCAAUCUUCACUCCUAACUUAUGUCGCCACUCACGGCGCCGACUCCGAGGCUGUCAAGCCACCAUUCAAGACCCUUAUCACGCAUGGCUUUACUUUGGACUCUGACGGUCGCAAAAUGAGCAAGAGUCUUGGGAAUGUGAUUUCCCCGUCUCAAAUCACUUCGGGUGAAUUGCUACCCCCACUGAAGCGCAAGAAGCAAAAGGGGGCCAAACAAGACCAAGUAAAGGAUGGAGCACCAACUUACGAUUUCAUGGGGCCUGACGCAUUGAGACUGUGGGUUGCAGGUAGCGAUUAUACCACGGAUGUGACUAUUGGACAACCAGUCCUGCAAUCUGUCAAUCAGACGUUGCAUAAAUAUCGUGUCACCUUCAAAUGGCUGCUUGGUAUCUUUUCUCUUCCAACAUGUCCUCCAAUAUUCAUUUCCUUCAAUGCCAUUCGCACAGUCAUCGCCACACACGACACCAAAACCUUCCCGUUAGCCGACCAGCUCUCCCUCCACCGUCUCCAAAAGCUCAGCCAAGAAGUGCAUACCCACUACACCAAUUAUGAAUUCUUUAAAGGCGUCAACGCCAUCAACAAAUUCAUCACAAACGACCUCUCAGCCUUCUACUUCGAAACGCUCAAAGAUCGCGUCUACGCAGGCACGAAGCAAGAUUGCCAACACAUCCAAUCUAUCCUCGCACUCGUCUUCUACGAACUCAUGCAAGCCCUCGCGCCGAUUUGUCCGCUCCUUGUUGAAGAAGUCUGGGACCACGUCCCAGGGCCUUUGAAACUAGGAUCUGUUCAUCCCGCUCGAGAGCCCUGGACACUGCUUAAAUUACAGCCUUCGCACCCAGGAAUCCCCGUUGAGGAGAGCUACUAUGAUCGCUGGAACAUGCUAUCUACGGCUCUCAAAGCCGCUCAAGAACGGCUCCGUGCGAAGAAGAAAAUGGGGUCGUCGCUAGAAUGCUCGGUUGUAGUUGGAUUGCCGGAAUCCAUUUCUGACCAUUGGCUUAAGAAUCUUCUGCUGGGUAAUACGGGAAAUACUUGGAACGACCAGGGAAGGGAUCUGGCGAAUUUGUUCGUGGUGAGUGAGAUGGAGGCUAUGAGCAGGGAUGAGACGGAGAGUUUGAUUAAGAUGUGGCGGGAGAGAAAUGAAAAGGGGGUUGGUGAGGUAUGGUGGGAGGAGGAGAAGGUUAAGUGGAAGAUUAGUGAGGGUAGGCAGACAGAGGAGGAGAUUUUGGUGGUGGUGGCGAAACCGAGGAAGUUCAAGUGUCCGAGGUGUUGGCGGUUUUUGGCGAUGCAUAAAGAUGGGUUGUGUGGGAGGUGCGAAAGUGUAGUUAAGGAAGAGGGAUUGUAGGAUGGCAUGGUAUUAGAGAAUAUGAGUGGGUGG